GGUUAACAGAGCUAUCAUCAUUAAGUCCAGAUGUGAAUAGGCAUCGCUCUCGUUCCCAGAGAAGUAGAUUUGCUUACGAUAUGAAAGAGACACUGCGAGCAACAAUGAGCCCACAAGUUGGGUCUAUCUUAAAUCCCGACCAACAAGCUGAAAUAAGAUCGUUUGAAGAAGAUUGGACAGGUAUCACCAGUCCUCAACAGCGGAGAAAAUUGCAGAACCGCCUAAAUCAAAGGAUAUGGAGGCGCCGUCAUGCUAAAAAGGGCAAGAAUGGCAAUAAAAUAGGCACUGCGUCGGAACUCGAUUUCGCACGCAAUGGCGUCCAGCAGAAUGUGUGCUGUACUUACGGCACUCCGAAUGGGGUGAAUGCCCUCGUUCGCUUCGAGGCAUUUGCGCGGCAUCAGAAUCGAUUAGGUUCACCGCGAACAGAUAUGUUGCUAACCUUAAUCAAGUUCAAUGUCUUUCGGGCUCUCAUGGAUAUCAAUACUAUGCUAGGCUUCAGCCUGGAGUGGCUACGUGAAGACUCCAUCUCUCCGUUCUAUGAGAAUACGAACAACAACACCAGAUCUGAUUGCCCGGUUACGCUGAGACCGACAUUGCUACAGCAAACGGUUGAACACCAUCCAUGGAUUGAUUUGAUGCCCUUGCCGACCAUGCGCGACAAUAUACUGCGGGUGAACUAUUUCGACGACACUCCGCUUUGCCACGAUAUUGUGGACAAUCGGCAGUGCAUGGGUGAUUGGUCAGGCUUAAUCGUGUGGGGCGAUCCAUGGAACCCAUACAAUUGGGAGAUUACAGAAAGUUUUGCCAAAAAUUGGGCAUGGGUUCUAUAUGGAUGCUGGGAGCUUUUUGAAUCGACGAAUAUCUGGCGAGCGAAGCGUGGAGAGCCGAAACUGUUUCCAGAGGAUAUGUGCACUCCCCAGAGAUAUGAAAACGAAGUUCUAACGCAGCCAACAUUCACUACUACUACUACAACUACAAAUCACUGAACGAGAUACCUAUAGGUUCUCUUCGUUCACCAAGACAUAUCUGUAUCUAGCUUUUCCCUUGUCCAUAUCAACGAUGGCCUCAUUUGCUCUGGACAUUGGACGCUCCUCAAUCAUUGGACGGACGUUUUUCUCUACGGCAAGUUGAAGCAUCUCCCGAAUGUCUUGAGGCGAUCCAAUCAAAGAACCUCCCAAUUUUACCCUUCCAAAAAUCAAGCUCGGUGCAGGUACUUCGAAGACGCCAUCAUCAGGGUUGCCCACUUGCACAAGCGUUCCAUCCCUCCGAAGUAGACCCAAGUACUUGCCAAGAGGCAUCUAGAGUAUCUUCAUGUUAGCGCAACACCUCCACAGCCUUCUUCAAGGGCGGCUUGCCUUUGAUGAUGAAAUCGUUGAGAUUACAAUAUCGAACGAACGAGAGUGCUUAGAUGCCCAGGAUGGAUCCUCCUCAGUUGAGACGUAAGCGUCAGCUCCUAAUUUGAGAGCGUCCGCUGCCUUGUUCGCUUUUCGGGAUAUGGCGACGACGUAGUCAGCACCCAGAGCCUUGGCCCACAUGAUAGCAAAAUGACCUAGUCCACCAAAUCCUACAACGCCGAUGCGUUUCCCAGGUCCGCAACCGUAGUGUUUCAAUGGGGAAUAUGUCGUCACGCCGGCGCAAAGCAUUGGUGCUGCCUCAGCAGAUGGCAAACCAUCAGGAAUCUUGACAACAAAAUGCGACGGCGCUCGGUGGUACAGGGCAUAACCACCGUACGACUUGCUGCCGUUCAGAUACGUGCCGUCAUAGGUACCGACGAAACUGUGUGGGCAGUAGUUUUCCAUGUUCGAUCUGCACUCCUCGCAUGGCUUCUGCAAGCGACCAAGGCAAGAGUCCGACUGGGCUCCAACACCAACACGGUCGCCUACCUUGAUGUUACCUUCGACCUUGCUGCCAGCUCGCACGACAAUUCCCACAAUCUCGUGGCCGACACAGCACGGAUAAUUUGUUGGACCCUAGGAGCAAGGUCAAAUUUCUGCAUCAUGGCAAAGUAAUGUCAUGGCAUCUUACCCAUCCGCUUCGAAGCGUGUGGAGGUCCGAGCCGCAUAUGCCGCAGUGGGUAAUCUUGAUAUCAACAUCUGUUUCCUCCCAGGCUUUUGGCUCGAACUCUCCCCAUACCAUCUUGCCCUGGUCUGCUGUUUUGUCAUAGCCCAGCCAGCCCCUGAAAGUGUAACUUGCCAUUUUUUUUU